GCAUCAUCUUUAUGGCACAGGUAAGGAAACAGAAACAUAAGGCAGAAGACUUCUCUGAGGUCUUGGUAUGAUUUGCUGGUCCAGUCCUGCAGAUUACCUCUUCUUCUGUGUGCAGACCGUCAUCCGAGGCCGAGGGGCUGCCACUGUGCGUUACUGCAUGACAGUCGGUGGCACCGUGGUCCUGGUGGUUGGGACACUCUGCUUUGCAUGGUGGAGUGAAGGGGAUGCAGCGGUCCAGCCUGGCUCACUGGCCCCGACGGUGGAACAGCCGUUGCCCGAGAUGCCCCUGACUUGGCUCAAGUCUGUCAGCUUCCUCUGCUGUGGCACGGGUGGCCUGCUCCUGUUCUUUGGCCUGCUUUGGUCCAUCCAGGAAAGCACAAAAGGGUCAAGCCAGGGGGACCUGUACCGACUGUCCAGAGACCUGUACCAUCUCACUGUGGAGUCCUCUGUGAAGGAAAGCUGCAGGCCUCCCAAGGAGGCUGCCGUCCCUACUUACGAGGAGGCUCUGCACUGCCCGCUGGCUGAGGGUCCCCUGCCAUCCCCCGUGCAGCCUGAAGAAGAAGAAGACCUUCAGUGCCAAGCCCCAGGGGAUGCCCUGCUGGGGUCACCAUCCCUCUCAGCCCCACCCAGCUACGAGAGUACCAUGCUCGCUCAGGGGGCUCCUCCUGGUCCAGCCCAAGUUGGGCUCAGGUUGCAGGGGAGUUACAAGUCUCCAGCAGGUCGUGGACCCUAAUCCGAGAGAGCUUCGCUCAGGGCCUCCUCCAGUGCUGGGUUCACAGCAGGCAUCCAACCAGCGCUCUGCUGCUGGG